AAAAUAUAAAAAGGGAGCAUUUAUGGUGAGGUUAUAAUGGAUCUAGACUGGAAUAACAUCGAUAUCGAAGUUGUUAAUCGUAAUAAGAGGUACAAGCAAAAAAGAAUAAAAUUGAUAUCUGAUGCCUGUGGACAUGCUGAACAGGGUUUAUUAGCAAUCAUGGGACCGAGCGGAAGUGGAAAAUCGACAUUGAUAAAGGCAUUGGCCGGUAGAGUACCCAGAGGUGCUGCAUCUACCGGUGUAGUAACUCUGAAUGGCGUCGAAAGAGACAUUAAAACAUGGAGAAAUCUGAUUGGAUACGUUGACCAGGAUGAUGCCGUCUAUGAAACGUUGACUGCACGCGAAACCGUCAAGUAUGCAGCUUGGUUCAAACUGAAGGAUAAAAGUAUUGAUGUGGAUAAAAAGGUGGAAGAACUGUUCAACAAACUUGCUAUUACGCACAUUCUGGAUUGUAAAAUGGUAAAUCUUUCUGGUGGAGAACGAAAGAGGGUGAUGAUAGCGAUUGAACUAGUGACUGAUCCCAAGUUGAUAUUUUUGGAUGAACCCACAAGUGGGUUAGAUAAUGCCUCGACACUAAAAAUCAUUACAUUGCUCAAAGAACUAACCACAGAGGGGCGAACCGUUCUAUUCACCAUACACCAGCCUGACGAUAUGGUAACUGAUGAAUUUGACAGAAUUUUGUUGCUGUCGCAAGGCAGGACUGUUUACCUCGGCAAAAUGGCUGAGUGCGAAAGGCAUUUGGUAUCGAACGGGUUCACAAUAAAUGAAGGAGAAUCUUUCUCAACUUUUGCGAUGAGAGUGCUAGAUGUUGAACCAGGAGUGUACCAGGAAAUGGACGAAACGAAUAGAUUAACUGUCAUGGCAAACGAGGUCAAAGACCGAUUUGGAUUUUCUCAAGAAGAAAAGUCUGUGAAGAAAUCCAAUGAUAACUAUGUCAACAUCAGACCUUGUGUUCAGCAGAUCAAACUGUUGCUCCGGAGAAGAUGCAAGCUGGAAUUGACAGCGAAGAAAAAUGUAAUUAUGACGAUUAUUCUGAUCUUGGUUCUGGCAUUAGCUGCUUUUAUUGCAAGAUACAUAGCAAAUAACAUGUGGAAACAGAAAGAUGAAAUGAUGGAAGUUUGGAAUUUACCAAAAACAGACAGCCGCUUUACUGAUAUACAAAAUGAUUAUGUGAAGCAUCGCGUCAUGCUCAUUCUCUGCAUUUUUGCAGGUGGGUCAGCAGCACUAAUUCCCCUGAUGGCGGGUGCAGCGUUUGGUUUUGAACAUACGAACGUAAAGAGGGAAAUAGCAGCCAAUACAUAUUCGAUGACAUCAUACUACUUUUCCGUGUUUAUCUUUGAAUAUGUGAGGCAUUUACCAUUUUUCAUUGCUUCAAUGAUCAUAAUGAAGAUAAUAUUCGGAAAGUUACUGAACAUAACAGCUAUCCUAACCUUCUUACUCAUAUACAUGGUUUCGCUCGCGGCGUAUCUUUUUGAUGGUUCAGCUUUGAAAGAUUCAAAAAGAUCAGUUGUAAUUAUCAUUACAAGUUUUACCGGUAACGUCAUCCCGUAUUAUCUUGCUCUGGUCAACGGGCGAGUCAUGACGCAAUACGGCAAAUGGUUGUUAACAAUAUAUUUGCUGAAUCUGUGUCCUAACCAUUUGGUAGGCCACUGUCCCUAUGUACUUCAUCUGAACAAGUUUAUCAGUGAUUACCCGCAAUUAGUAGAUAGCAAUUACGAAAGUCCACCCACAAACCGAGAAAAUGAUUAUAGAGGGCUUUUAAGAGAGUAUAGGCGGUUGUUGAUCAGAUAUGAGCUCUCUAUGCAUUGGAGCUAUGCCUUUUGCGCACUUUUACUGGUGCUGUACACCAUAUUGUGUAUCGUUCGCAUUUCUUUUUAUUUGAGACCAAGUUGUCGCAUGCGGCUCAAUAAAUGACGUUAUUUUUCAGGCAUCAUGUGUUUCUCACCUAAUAAAUGGUUUGACGAUGAUGUGCAACGUUGGCAGUAAAGCAGUAAUAUGGAACUCUGCUUUCAGCAGUCGAUAGGCAGCGUAAAUGGAUCUGCACAGAAACGUAUUAUUGAAGACUCACCGUUUCGAAAUAUAGAAUGUGCUGAAAAACGGGUUCUUCUGAGAGCAUAUUUUCGGUUUAAGACUUAAUGAUUGAAAUAAUUAAUAAAUAAGUUACCAUUACAACUUAGAAAUAGCUAAAGCGUCGAAUAGCGAAUAUUGGAAAACAAUAAACAAAUUCAGCCCAGCUAUCGAACCGUCAAAUGCAUUUCUUUGAACCGAGAAACGGUUGAGAAUGACAGUUUGCGGAUAAAUAAGCCUUUAAAAGGCAUCAGAACGAUUCACUUAGUUAAAACUCAGCAAUUUAAAGUAGUCCAAUC